CUUACCUCAUUUUCUAUGGCAGACAUUAUAUAUUGGCACUUAGCUGAGUUCCUCGGAAAGCAACACAACCGUACAGUAUGUAUCUCACUCUUAAAGUCAUCAAACUGAAGUUUGAACCCAGUAUUCAAGAGGAGUGGAGGCCCUGUGGGCUUUUGUCUUCAUGGCUCCAGUGCAGCUAAAGAGGAUGGACACUGCCCGGGCGCUCUCUUCAUUUUAACUCACUGCAUGUUCUCCACUUCCGUGCUGGAAAGGCGCACCUCCCUUGACCCCCAAAUGGAGUCCGAAGCGGGGCGCCGGGUGGCGCUCUUUGACAAAGAGAAUCGUCCGAACUUGGCCAACAUCCAGAGCAAAGAGGCCAACAAAGCCAAGGACGUGGGCGAAUGGUGGCUCCAGCAGCGGCGCGACCAGCAGUCCCUUUGGGAGAAAGGCGAGGCCAAACUGAAGAAGCGCUGUGAAGAGCUGGAGAAUGAACGACAGGCUCAAGCAGAGAAGCUGUUGGAGUUGGAAGAACGUUUGAAGUGGGAAGAGGAGCAACGGAAGGCUCAAGCGCAACGGCUGCAGCUGGUGCUCCGCGGCUCUGAGGCCGUCGAAAAGCUGGCAUGCCUUCAGAAGCUUCAUGAGCAGAUGCGCCUUCUCAAGGAGAGGACCACUCAGCAUGAGGAGAAGUUGCAGGCCUUCACCAAAGAGAGGCCGGCUGGUGAAGCUAAUGACAGCCCACGUUUGGCGACCUCUAUGGAGGCUGUGGGAGAGGUAGAAAAGCUGAAGCAGGAGCUACAGCAGAUCAAGGCAGAGCUGGCCGAAGCGCAGGCUGAAGCUGAGGUCCGCAAAAAGUGUUCCCGUGAGGUACAAGAGGAGUUACAGCGUGAUUGUGAUUCAUGGCAGCGUCACGCGCGGACAUUGGAGCUUGCCACAGCUGGUGCAGGCUGCUGCUCCUGCGAAAGGCUCUUCGCUGAGGGACGAGAGUUGAGCGCCACCGUGGCCAUGCUGCAGGAUCAAUGCGAGACUUUGGAAGUUGAAAACCAAAGCCUCAAGGGGAAAGUCGAGUCUCUUCAGGAGAACCUGGAGUAUGUCUCCUCUUCUCAUGCUGAACUUGCUGGUCAUGUCAAUCACAGGCAGAAGAUUCGCCACACGAUUCAGCUCAAGGAGGACAGAGAUAAUAUGCGAGAGGAGAAUUUUCGGUUGAAGCAGCGAAUCCGACAGCUGGAGGCGAGCAGGAGCAGCCAAAGCAUCAUCAAUGCUGUGGCUGGCUUUACAGGAGCAACGCCUGAUGCAAAGAACUGCACAUUGCAGAGAUCUUCAAAGCCAGGAUUCAGGCAGCCACGGGUCAGUGGAUUGGAUGGAAGCGAUCAGAAAUUGGAGAUGACACGAGUCCAGCAACUCGAGCGUGAGCUUGAGCGGAACAAGAACAAUGUAAUGCAUUUCAUGGCCUUGAUUCAACGCGCAGUGGCCCAAGAUGACGCUGGGGAUGCGGCGAGCUUGCUCAGCGCCCUGCGUUCAAGGUUUCUCGGCUGAGGGUGCCGACGAUUUGCGACAAUGGAAGUGGCCUUCAGAGCCACACAAGGAUCAUGUACUGUGUUUUUGCAUGCUUUUGCUCUAAGACUUUCUUUCCUUUCAUCUUC